AUGGCUGGACAAAAGAUUUGGCUCCGCGCUGAAACUAAGCCCGCCGAGGCUCGGUCUGCCUUGACCCCAACCACCUGCAAGGCAUUGAUUGAUGCCGGAUAUGAUGUGACUGUCGAGCGUUCCACACAGCGUAUCUUUGAGGACGAGGAAUUUGCCAAGAUCGGUGCCCCUCUCGUCCCGGAAGGCUCUUGGGUCAAGGAUGCGCCCAAGGAUGCCGUCAUCCUGGGUCUGAAGGAGCUCCCUGAGGAUGAUUUCCCUCUGGAGCAUGUUCACGUCACGUUUGCCCACUGCUACAAGCAGCAGGGUGGCUGGGAGAAUGUUCUGAGCCGCUGGCCGCGUGGCAAGGGUCUCCUGCUGGAUUUGGAGUUCCUUACCGAUGAGGUCGGCCGUCGGGUUGCUGCGUUUGGCUUCUCUGCUGGUUAUGCCGGAUCCGCACUGGCUGUCAAAAACUGGGCCUGGCAGUUGGCUCACCCCAACGGUGAGGUCCUGCCCGGUGAGGUUCCUUACGCCAACCAGGAUCUCCUGAUCGAGUCCGUGAAGGAGACCCUGGAGACUGGCAAGAAGGUUGCCGGUCGUUUUCCCAAGAUCCUUGUCAUUGGAGCGCUGGGACGCUGUGGCAAGGGCGCUGUACAGUUGGCCAAGGACGUUGGCAUUCCCGAGUCCAACAUCAUCCAGUGGGACAUGGAGGAGACCAAGAAGGGUGGACCCUUCAAGGAGAUUUUGGAUGCCGAUAUCUUUGUGAACUGUAUUUACCUCUCUGCCAAGAUCAACCCGUUCAUCGACGUCGCAUCACUGUCUGCCCCCGGCCGGAAUCUCUCUGUUGUCUGCGAUGUCAGCGCCGACACCACCAACCCCAACAACCCCAUCCCCAUUUACGAUAUCACCACUACCUUCGACAAGCCCACUGUGCCCGUCAAGCUGCCCGCUGGUUCCCAGGGCCCGAACCUGAGCGUGAUCAGCAUCGACCACCUCCCUUCUCUCCUUCCCCGUGAGAGCUCUGAGAUGUUCAGCGAGGCGCUCAUGCCCAGCCUCCUUCAGCUGAAGGACCGCGGCACUGCUCGGGUGUGGAAGCAGGCUGAAGAACUCUUCAAUGAGAAGGUUGCUACUCUUCCCGAGUCUCUGCGCGCUUAG